AUGGAUUUAAAAAUUAUUGCAAAUGUUUGCAAUUAGUCUGUACAGCAAUUAUAUAUUUAACAACUAUAAUGUCCACCUCACUAUUUAACAAUGAAAAAGAAUACAUUAUACAAUAUACAUGUGAAUUUAUAUUCCUUAAUGCGUAACAAUAGGAACUGUACAAUUUUAUUAAGUUUUUCUAGCCCACAGCUGUUACGAACCCACUUUUUAUAGGUUAUGUGUACGAUGCAUACUAUCUAAUUGUAAUUUGUAAACACAUACUAACGAACCUGUGUCUUGUGCGGUGGUUCUUUUUUAUCGCUUAGGUCCUAUUGAUAUCCGCAAGAUAAAAACAACAAAAUGAUCUUAUGUAGACAAUUAUUUAUGACCCGAGCGCCAUUCUCAGUUGUGAUUAAGAAUACCCAAUUAAAAGGCUAUUCUUGGUAUAGCGAGUCCAGCAGACGGUACACCAAUAAUGUGAAUGGCCAUUCAAAGAAUCAAUCUAAAGUAGAAAAUCCACCUCUGAUGGACUUACUUGGACGGAAACAUGAUUAUCUGCGGAUAUCCCUUACAGAGCGGUGCAACCUUCGCUGUCAAUACUGCAUGCCGGCCGAGGGCGUGCCGCUGUGCGGGCGAAACGAGCUGCUGUCGCGCGACGAGUUGUCGCGGUUAGUGCGGCUGUUCGCGACGCUGGGCGUGCGCAAGGUGCGGCUGACAGGCGGAGAGCCGACGUUACGGUCGGAUCUGGCCGACGUGGUGCGGGAGGUGGCGGCCACCGACGGCAUCACCACCGUGGCCAUGACCAGCAACGGCGUGGCUCUGGCGCGCCGACUGCCAGCGCUGCGCCGCGCCGGCCUCGGCGCGCUCAACCUCUCGCUCGACACUCUGCGUGCGGACCGCUACGAGCGCAUGGCGAGGCGCCCCGGUCUGCGAAAGGUCCUGGCCUGCGUCGAUCUCGCUCUGCAGCUCGACUACCGCCCUCUCAAAAUUAACACCGUCCUCAUGAAAGGUUUCAACGACGACGAGAUUUGCGACUUCGCCGAAUUCACCAAAGACAAGGACGUGGAAGUCAGGUUCAUCGAGUUCAUGCCGUUCUCGGGCAACGCGUGGGCCGACGCGAGGCUCGUGCCCGGCGACGAAGCGCUCGCCGCGCUCCGAAAGCGCUACGGCGAUCUGCUGCCGUUGGCCGCGCCCUCCUGCGGCACGGCGUCGCUGUGGCGCGUGCCCGGCCACGUCGGCCGCCUCGGCUUCAUCUCCUCCAUGACGCGCCCGUUCUGCGGCUCCUGCAACCGCCUGCGUCUCACGGCCGACGGCGGCCUCAAGGUCUGCCUGUUCGGCGCCGACGAGCUCUCGCUGCGCGACGCCCUGCGCGCCGGCGUCUCCGACGACGACCUGUCCGCGCUCGUGCGGGCCGCCCUCCGCCGCAAGAGGCCGCAGCACGCAGCGGGACCGCCGGCGCGGCGCGCUCGGGCGGCGCAGGCGGGGCGGCGCGGCUACUGCACGCUCACCCAUCUCGACGCGGAGGGCCGAGCGCGCAUGGUCGACGUGGGCGCCAAGCCUGUGACGCGGCGGGGCGCACGCGCCGAGUGCGAGCUGCUGGUCAGCGAGAAGCUGGCGCGACUGCUGCGCGGCGCCGGCCUCUCCAAGGGCGACGCGACGACGGUGGCGCAGGUGGCGGGCGCGAUGGGCGCGAAGCGCACGGCCGACCUCGUCCCGUUGUGCCACCCGCUGCCGCUGGAGCUGGCGCGAGUGUCGGUGGAGCUCCCGAGCGCGGCGGCGACUCCGCGCGACGGCCGCGUGGCCGUGAAGUUGGCGUGCGAAACGCGGGCGACGUCGCGCACCGGCGUAGAGAUGGAGGCGCUGACGGGGUGCGCCGUGGCCGCGCUGGCGCUCUACGACAUGUGCAAGUCGGUCGAUCGGCACAUGACCAUCGGCGAGCUUCGCGUCGUGAGCAAGUUUGGCGGCGCGAGUGGCGACUGGUGUCUCGCCGAGGGCGUCGCUCCAUCGAAGCCGUCUUCCGAGACAUAAUAUUAAUAUUAUGAAUGUUUGUAUAGCGCUUAAAAUAAGUGAAAAUACAUGCUUUAACCGUGUCACUUAAAGUAUGUGUUUUAUAAAUUAAAAAAUGGCAUAUU